CGCAAUCAAGGGUUUCUCUCGUUGCGGUAGAGGGUGGCGCUAUCGAGCGAUAUAGUGGACGAUAAGGUGGCAGGGAUGGGCAAAGCGAAAUUAUUUGCUUGGGGAGUUGCGAUCGUUAUCUUCAUUGUUUUGAUGAUUGUUACACCUUCGAUUCCGCAGUCAGAAGAGUACCACAACUUCGCUGAUCAGCGCAAGCUUUUCUUUGGUAUACCGAAUACACUCAAUGUUGUAUCAAACGUUCCUUACCUUGUAGUGGGUGUUGUUGGGCUUAUACUUUGCUAUCAUGGAAAUUACUUUAGAUUGAGCUUGGAAGGCGAGCUAUGGGGUUGGUCAUUCUUUUUUGUUGGCGUGGCUGCGGUUGCUUUUGGUUCCUCCUAUUACCAUGCAAUGCCAAAUGAUGCUCGACUUGUUUGGGAUCGCUUACCUGCCUAGACAGUGCAUUAAUCAAC